GAGAAAAAGAGAGUUCUUGCACAACACAGAGCCAAAACCCUUGGUUGCUCUGUGCCCUUAAACCCCACUUCCCCACACUAACAAACACACACUAAGCAAAGGAACGAAGCUCGGCCUCCGACCAAGUUAUGGUAGACGGUGAUGAUAAGAGUGAGGUUGAAGGAGAAGAGGUUCCAACGUAUGAAGUUAAAGUUACCCAUGAAGCUAAACUUAGAGAACUAUUGCAUAAGGUCAAUUCCAUUGAGAUAAAGUUAUGUUCGGAUGGUGUGAAGGAGUUUAUUAAGUUACUGAAAGGUAACACUGGAGGUGAAUUGCUCUAUCUAUAUGUUAGGAGUUCUUCCAAGUUCUCUGAGCUACUAGAUGCUUGGAAGCUUCGACGAGGGAAGCCCGGAUUGUCAUAUGUGUUGUCAUUGGUUUCUACUAUUCUGGGCCAUCCUUAUGGGAUGUAUGAUCCGAAGAAUGUGGAGAGAAUAUCUAUUAGCAGGGUCCUCGACAAGUUUGCAAAAUUGCUUAUUGAAGAAUACAUGGCAGAUGUUUAUAAGGAACUCAAUAGUAAAGAAGUGAAGUGCCAAAAGGCUGCUCUUUUGCUAAUGGCUUCAAUUGUUCGACGAGGGUCGGGAUUGGCUUCUGAGUUUGCAAAGAAAUUUGACUUCAAGCUCAAGGUGUUUUCCAAGCUCGCUGAAUAUAAAAAGAACCGAAAUGAGAAGAGAAUGAAGCGCUCAUUAAGGAAGGCAUUUGUUGGCUUUGCAAUGUCAUUUUUGGAGGUGGGGAGGCCUGGAUUGUUGAGGUGGGUCCUGCAGCAGAAGGAAAUGUAUUCUGGUGUCUUUCGUGGGCUUGGGAAUGAUGAUGACGAGACUGUUAUUUAUGUUUUGUGCACAUUACGUGAUAGGAUUCUCGUGGAAGAGUCCUUGGUGCCUCCAGGUCUUAGAAGUGUUCUUUUUGGGAGUGUUACUCUAGAACAAUUGGUCAGCGUUUCUGGUAGAGAGAAUGGUGGGCCUGCUGCAGAGUUGUCAUACCGUAUGCUAGUCCUCGUUUGCACUGAUCCUUGUAAUGGUUUGAUGCCAGAUUUGGAGAGGCGCCCAAGUCCAUUGAAGGGUAAUCCAAAGCGACUUGUUGGACUCAUGAAGAAGCUAAAAGCGACUGAGAUUGGCUAUCACAGAGACUUGCUUUUGGCUAUUGUUAGUGGGAGUCCCUCUUUUGGUUCAGCAUACAUGGAAGACUUCCCUUACAACCUGGAAGAUUUUGCAUCACCAACCUGGUUUGCUACGGUUUCUCUGGCAGCAAACUUGGUUUCCUCAGUAGGCGCUGGCUGUCAUUUUGGUUUCCUUGAUUCUCAAUGUCAUCCCACUUCGUUUGAUAAUGAGGAAGUGCAGAGUAUCUUGAAAUGCUUGUUUCCCCGUCCAUUCAGCCGGUCAGUAAUCAAUAAGGGGUUGCUUCACUCGGAUUUUCUUGUGAAGCAUGGAACUCUAAGGCUUCUUUUGGAGGCACUGAAGUUGCUGGACUCCUUCAUUGGUGUUUUGAAUCAUAGUUCUUAUUUGAGUGAUCAAAUGAUGCAAGGCUGGGCAUCUCUUAAGCAAGAAAUUCAGAAUGAAGUCCGAACUUCACUCCCUGAUCCCCAAGUUUUACUGACUCUUCUUUCUUCUCUGACACGCCACUCCACUCGUGAGUCAUGUUUGAAGAGAACAGCAGAUUUGGAAAAUUUUACUGAACGUAGCAGUAGUAAUGUUAAAAAGUUGAAAAUGAAUUUUGAGAAUGAGGACACAGAUAUCGUUGUAAGUGGAAUAAGUUCUGCUCCAGACAUUGCUUCGCCUGCAGAAAGCGAAAGACCUGUUGCUUCACUUGCAGCAGAUGAGACUGACGAUGGUAAAGAUCUUAUGGGAGUCAUUGCAGAAAUUUGGGGUUUAGAGCUACACUCGGUGCAUCUUAUCACACUAAAGGAUACAGAGAUGUUCUUUCAAACUAAGCUGCUUGAUGCUCUCAAAAUUUAUAUUCGGACAAUACCUAAUGUGUUGGAGGGAUCAUUUGAGUUCUUUAUAAAUCUCCUCACCAAUCCUUUAGCAUUACCAACCAACAUGCAGUGCUGUCUCUUGUCUCUGCUAGUAGAGUACGUUGGAUUCUUGCCAAGCAGUGGGAUUCCCAUUAGAACCCCUCCACUGAUGUACAAGCAUCUACAGCCAUUCAUUAACUUGUUGAUUUUUUCUCCAACCAGUGACAUAAAGGAUCUGUCAUAUGGUUUGGCACGGGCAGCUAUGUUUAGUACUGGUGCAUUUGACAGAAACCUAGACGAAAUUGGGGCAUGGUUCUUAUUUUUACCAGGUUAUAACAGAGUAAAGAUGCCUGCUACGGUCCUAGGGGUGGAACUGUUGCACAGCUUGUCUCAAGUUGUUAUCUCAUUUUUAUGCGAUGCCAUAUCUACUAUCGGGAAUAAUUUAUUCAAAUAUUGGGAUAUUGUCAAGCAUUACAUGUGCCAUUUGAAAGGUGUUAAAGAUGUAUCUCCUAGUUUCAGCCCUCUUGUCGUGUGUGUCUUGCAGAAGUGUCUAAGGUUGCUAACUUCUGAAUCUGGAAGCUUUACAUUGCCUGAGAAGUCAAUCAUAUCAUUAUAUGUAUGCAAUACACUAAAAUAUCUCUUGCAAACCCAGGUAGAUGCAGGAUUGUUAUCUUCUUUAGUUGAACUAGUCAUGUCUGAGAAACUUGGUGACUGUUGCCGUGUUGAUGAUUCUGGAGAUUUAUUCUGUGAGUGGAGACCAUUGACGAACUUAUUGAUCUUCUCACAGAGCAUUUCACAUCAACAAACUUCUUGCAUUUUUUCUACAGAUAAAAUGGCUAUGCCUGUUGACAGUUCUUUUGCAAGUAUACUUGAUGAAGUUAAAAGAUUUGUAAGCAGUGGGGGUGGUGGAAAUAUAGCUGGCAUAACCAAAUCAUUUGCUUCCUCAAUUAUUUGUACUUCGCCUGAUGGGAUAUUGAAAAAUUUUCCAUCAGUCAUGACCAUUUCACGCAACCUUCUUGGAGUUCCUAUGCCAAUCUUAUCAUUGGUAUUCUUUCUUGAACAAGGCCUUCUUACCAGUGUUUCUAAGUUAUGGCCUGACAUAUUCUUUCCUGGUUUGGAAAUGGCUCUAUCUAUUAGUCAUUGUGAAGGCAAAGAAGAUGAUGCCAGUGAAAAUGAUGCCAGUGAAAAUGAUUUUGGUGCAGGUGAAUCUGCUGCUGCAUUUACUUUCUUUUUGAAGCAGGCGCCUUUCCAUGUGCUCUUUCCUGCAAUUAUGAACAUUGAUGGUCCUUACUCAUUGGAGCCCUUGAAAAUACAAGACCUGCUUCUGACUAAAUUAUCUGACUCAACAGCUGAUUGCCACCGUAUUUCAUAUCUGCGACUUGUGCUAUUUUGGAUCCACCAGAUACAGUCAUCUUAUAAAAUUAAACCAUUAGUCAAACUACAACAACUUGCUGAGAUUUGCUUUAAUCUCGUAGAGAACUUGUUACCUCAACUAUUGGUUUUGAAAACUGAUUCUGAUUGUUCCAAAAAUUGUGUGGUUCCUUUGUCAAGACAAGAUAUUAAAGAAGUGGCUGAAUCCAUAUUCUGUCAUCCUGCAGUGAUAGCGUCAUUAUCCUGUCCUUUGGAUUGUAAAGAAGACUUGGAAAAUAUAAACAUGGUCAACAGUUUGGACAUGUUGAUUAGUUUAUCCAGGCAGAGAAUUCAUAAAUUGGAUCAUCAUGUCUUAAAUAUACUGACAGGAACUUCUGAGUACUUGUUGGCUCUAUGCAAUGGUCAAGAUUCUAUACCCAAAAUUAACAAAAAUGCUAAUAAGCAACUUGUGAGGGCUUUUAAAGCCCCCGUGCAGAGGCUUAUUCUGGAAGCCAGGGAGAAGUUUGAUCUGUGCAUUCAUACUAAAGAUCUGAUGCCCCUCCUCCCAACAUUUUAUGCUUUGCAUGCUCUGAUUCAUUUUAUAUCCCCUUUUGAGCUUCUUGAAUUAGUUCAAUGGAUGUUUAGUAGGGUUGACAUGGAAAACGUCACAGUUUGGAAAAAUUCCAAGAUAUGUGCUCUCUCUGUUGGAUUUUGUAUUGCUGCUGGUGCUUUCAAAACUGUGUCUAGUUAUUUGGAGCAGCCAAUUACAAGGAGAGUACCAUACAAUUUAUUAUGGGAAAUAGAAGAAGACAAUAUCAAUGUCGACAUAAUUGAGGAGGUCUACAUUAAAGUGGUAAAUUUUGCCAUGCGUUUUGAAUCAGAUUUUGCAGAUAUAUGCUUGCUGGAAGCUGUUAAUACUGGUUACAGACAGAAAUACAAUGAACAGACUAUAUUUCAUCCAUUAAGUUUGGUGUUGUCGAGGGUUUUAUCAAUCACUCCUGUGGAAUUGCUUUCCCAUUGCAUUUACAGGACAAACAAGACGAAAGCUAAAUUAUUGUUUCUUCUUACUGAGAGAAGCUCCCUACAUUUGUCAAUCUUUGGGAACUUAUUUUUGGAUAUCCUGAAGAAAGAUUUUCCUCACAAGGACAAUGUGAUGGUGGAAAGCUGUGGCCUUGCCCUUUCCGAUGAGGAUUUCAUGAUGCUUCUGCCUGCUGCUUUGUCAUACCUGAAAUCAAUGUUUAUGAAAUUUGGAAAUCAGUACCAUAGGCAUUUUGAAGACAUAUCUUCUUUAUAUUCAAGGAUUCUUUUGAAUGGUUUCCUUCACUGGAAGAGCUUUGUCUCUGGAAAUAUAUUUGAGGAGGAAUAUGGCGAGUUCUUGCCAUCAUCUACCCAAGAACUUUUGAGUAUUGUGGAUGGCACUCUUCUUGGAAAAUCUAUUCAUAUGUUGCAGUUUCACUUUGCCUUCAGAGGAGUGUCAAUGAAAAUGAAGAAGCGAUUGAAACUAUUUGAUAAAAUUUUCCCACGUUCUAAUGCACAUGAUGAGCUGUUAGACUGUGAUGUUGGCGAGAUGGAUUCUCAUUCACUUAACCAGUCAUUAAACCAUAUAAAUAGAGUUGUUGCUAAGAUAUCUUUUUGCAGGAUUUUAUUAUUUAUGGAAAAUAAUCAGAUUAUGCCUUUGCCAAAAGAAACAAAGGGGGACUUGAAGGAAGUUUCUUUAGAAAGAGGAUCAAAUUCAGAGUCAUCAAGGAUGCGGUUUAUGAACAUCUUGGUGAGUAGUUGGCAAUGGAUUACUAAGAAAUUACCAUUAAUUUCUGAUAGUUCUGCAAAGGAAAAGAGAAUAGACAGUUCUACGCUCUACAAACACUUGGGAGUCUUCAUUUUGAAAAGUAUUUUUGAGUUAACUGCAGAGAUGCAUGAUGGCCUUGUCCAAUUGCAAUCUGUUCCCUUUCUUGAGGAAUUGAUGAAGUCGGCUCUUCUAUAUAGAUUUGAGGAUCCCACAACUCUGAAAGCACUCCGAGGUAUCCUAACUUUGCUGUCUGAUGGAAAAUUUUCACGUGUCUCAUAUAUUCAGCUGCUGGUUGCCCACUCUCAGUUUGCCCCUACAAUUCAUUCAGUCUCCAAAUCAUCUGGAUGUCCUCCUAUUGGUGCAUUUUCAAGGCCUAUGUCCAGCAUUCUGAGAUCACUUAUCCCUUCUACUAAACAUAAUGCAGUUAGUGGCAAAAGUGAUGUGGAAACAGCUAAGCUGUAUGUGAGACAGUUGGAAGUUAUUAAAUUACUCUGCGUACUCUUUCCAGUAAAGGCUCAUCAAGCUGGUUUUGAUUCUGGAAAAGAUUUUGGCAUAAAUUUUAAAGAGUUGCACUUACUUCUAUUGUCUUCUUAUGGUGCAACACUCAGUGAAGUUGAUUUGGAGAUAUAUAGUCUGAUGAACAAAAUUGAGUCUGUGGAUGGAUCAGACAUUGUGAAUAUUGCUGAAAUGGAUUACCAAUGGGGAAGAGCUGCUUUAAAAGUCAAAAAAGAAUGGGCUGUUGAGCAAGAUAUAUCUUCGGGUAUCAUGACUGAUACUGCAACAAUUGAAGAGCGUCGGAAAAGUCAAUUUAGAGAAAACCUUUCAAUUGACCCCAAAAUAUGUGCAUCAACAGUGCUAUAUUUUCCCUAUGAUGCAAUUGCAUGUGAUGAACCAUUGUCCUUGAACAAGGUUCAAUCCGAUUAUAGCAGGGAUAUCCUUCAGGCACAUUCUCCUGUUGUUGAAAAUAUAGAUCGUUAUGAUCCUGUUUUCAUAUUGCGCUUCUCAAUUCAUAAUCUGUCGUUGGGCUAUAUUGAACCUGUGGAGUUUGCUGGUUUAGGCUUGCUUGCAGUUGCAUUUGUUAGCAUGUCUUCAUCAGAUGACAGGAUAAGAAAAAUGAGUUACGAGACUCUUGGAUUAUUUAAGCAUGCAUUGGAGAAGUGUCAAAAGAGGAAGGAUGUAAUGCAACUCCGGCUUCUAAUGAAUUAUGUGCAAAAUGGUGUAGAAGAGCCAUGGCAGAAAAUCCCCUCUGUUAUUGCUCUUUUUGCUGCAGAAGCAUCUUUUGUGUUGUUGGAUCCUUCGCAUGAUCACUAUACCACCAUAAGUAAGCUUUUGAUGCAGUCUUCUAGGGUAAAUAUGAAGGGUGUACCAUUUUUUAACAAUUUUUUCUGGAGUAGCACUGUUAAUUUUAAAGCAGAAAGGUUGUGGAUACUUCGCCUACUGUAUGCAGGGUUGAACUUAAAUGAUGAUGCCCAAAUAUAUAUCAGAAACUCUAUUAUUGAGACAAUACUGAGUUUUUAUGUCUCUCCUCUUUCAGAUAAUGAAUCAAAGGAACUCAUUCUUCAGAUAGUGAAGAAGUCUGUCAAAUUGCAUAAGAUGGCUCGUUAUCUAGCUGAACACUGUGGCCUCUUUUCAUGGUUAUCGUCUAUUCUCUCAUUCUCCAGUAGAAGGCUCUUCAAAGAUGAAAAAAGUUUUUUUUUAAUGCAAUUGCUUGUGGUAUUAGAGGUUGUCAAUGAUGUUAUUUCAUCUAGAAACAUUACUGAAUGGUUGCAAAAAGACGCCCUGGAGCAGCUUAUGGAACUUUCUUCGCAUCUGUACAAAAUCUUCUUUGGUGAUACGACACUCAUAAAGGAAAAUGUGGCAUUGGUUAAUCCAUUUCUGCAAAUAAUAAUAGCAACAUUGAAGAUAUCGCAGAAAAGGAAAAUAUACCAGCCACAUUUUACUCUAUCAGUUGAGGGUUUAUAUCAAAUAUAUGAGGCUGUUAAUGUAUAUAAUUAUGCCGGCUCUUGCCCUUGUGCAGAGGUUGCACUCAAAGCUGUACUUAUGGGUACACCUCCAGUAGCUCUUUUCCACAUGAAUCAGGACAAGCUUUCAAGUUUUGUUAUGUGGGCAAUUUCCACUGCUUUGAAAUCGGACUCUGCACAAAUGCUUCAGUUCAAAGAAUCUCAUCCUCGUAUCACUAUUUCUUUGGAGGAAGAGGUCUAUGAGGAUUCCUUGAUAUCAAAACUUUUAUGUUGGCUAAGUGCUGCUGUAAUUCUUGGGAAGCUUUCUUGGAAAUCUAAUGAUUUGGGCCCUGAAUUUUCAAAUCGUUUAAAACUAGGAACUCUGCAAUCUUUAUUAGAUCUUAUUGGAAAUCCAUGUGGUGAAAGCAUCCAAAACAGAUUUGGCUGUGAGGAUUUGUUGGCUUCUACAAUUUUCUUCCUCCAACAGCUUCUUGGCGUCAAUUGCAGAGUGCUCCCGUCAGUUAUAUCUGCACUUUGUCUCCUUUUCUGUGCCUCCAAUUUUGCAGAAUCCGGAUCAGCUUUCUUCCAUGGUAAUGAGACUCUUGUGGCAUCACUGUGCUCAAAGAUACGUUGUCCUGCUGAAGCAAAUCCUGCAUGGAGAUGGUCAUUUUACCAGCCAUGGAAGGAUCGUUCAUUGGAACUCAGUGAGUUACAGAAGAUGGAUGAACAACAGGCUUGUCAAACUCUUUUAGUCAUUUUUGCAAAUGUGCUUAGAAAGAAAUCACUAGAUUUGCCGGUAUUAUCACCUCUAGAUGUGGAGAGAUGUGGCGUAUAUGAGUGGGAAAAAGGUAUUAUAGGGACUUGUAGUGCAAAUUCCAACAUUGAUAAAUGAAGAGAGAUUAUGGGUUCAAAUUUUGUCCGGAAAGGUAGUGUAAAGUAUUAACUGAGUUCACUUGAACCCCAUGAUUCUUAAUGUAUUUGUGGAUUGAAAAUGGAUAAUGAUUAUUGGUCACAGCCA